GUUGAAACGACACGGGUCGAGGCGGGAUACGCCCUUUACAGUACUGGGAAGAGUAUAGGUAAGGGUAAAAGGAGGAACACGUGACCCAGAAUUAUGCAUUCUCUCUCCUCGACUUCUCCCCUCCCCUCAAGCCAAUCGGAGCAAACGCGACACGAAUACGCUUCCGCUGUUCAUCCAGUCUCUCGACCACACGAUCCUAGCACAAAGAGAAUAGUGCUCUCGCCUCACCAGUCUUCGUUUAGAUUAUGCAAGGUCCAAACUUGCAUUGAACGCAUUUUGCCAGAACUUCUUCACCGACACUUGGUCAGAUUUAUGUCUCUGCCGGGAAGCAGACGAGAGACCUCCCUAUCGUCAUCGAUCAUGCAAAUAUGGACUCGGCCCCUCGAUUGCCCAAUUCGGAGUCUAGUCGUUCUCUUUGCAACAUGGAAGCUCCUUUUGCUACUCAUCGCGGUUCUUAGUCCUGGCUCGGGUUAUGAUACUUCAGCCAGCCUCUUCUCUCCAAGCGCUGCUGAAGGCCGACAGCUACCACCACCUAUCCAAUACAUUCUCGGCAAGUUGACAAGAUGGGACGCUAUAUACUUCGUCAAAGUAGCGGAUCGUGGUUAUGUUUUUGAGCAGGAGUGGGCGUUCGGGUGGGGAUUUACUAGCCUGAUAUCCUUGUGUGCUGCAGCACUUGAGAAAGCGGGAACACCCCACUAUGAUGACCUAGAAGGGCUCAUAGCAGUUGUAAUUGCUCAUACUGCGCACCUGCUCUCAGUGCCUGUCCUGUUCAGGCUCACUUCAGCUGUCUUCGCUGAACCUUCUGCGUGGCUUGCCUUCACGGCAGCUUCAUUGCAUAUUAUUUCACCCGCCGGCCUUUUUCUCUCAGCUCCAUAUGCAGAGAGCUCUUGUGCGUUGUUGAGUUUUAUAGGAUGUCUUCUAUUUACCAAGAGUCUUGGUGGAAAUGGACCCGUGACUGCGAGUCACGACGUUCUCGUGCUGCUCUCUGGCGUGUUUUUCGGGAUUGCUGCAACUUUCCGAAGCAAUGGUAUUCUUAAUGGCCUACUAUUACUUGAGGAGGCGCUCAGAACAUUAUGGAGCUUGAAGCAUGGCGUUCGAGUUUCCUCGUUCCGUCGGCUUAUAGCAACCGGUCUGGGCGGAUUGUGUGUCGCUGUCGGCUUUCUACUACCACAGUAUAUCGCAUACACUGAAUACUGCGGAAACUCGGGCAUAAAUACGAGAACUUGGUGUAAAAGGACAUUGCCAAGUAUCUAUACCUUCGUCCAGGACCACUACUGGCGGUGUGGCUUAUUCCGAUACUGGACAUUUUCGAAUCUCCCGCUCUUCCUUCUCGCCACUCCUAUGUUUGCUAUCUUGGUGAUCUCGGGGUUGUGGGCGUUGAAAAUUCUACCAGGAGAGUCGGUACAGAAUCCUAACAAUUCAAAAAAUGUCCACAAGAGCACUCAAGGGCCAGUGCUACAAGUCAUCCGAAACCUCGCAGUCUCGCAGCUAAUGCUAGUACUACUUACCUCCACAACGGCUCACGUUCAGAUCAUAACACGAAUCUCUUCGGCGUACCCCGUUUGGUUGUGGUAUGUUGCCAGCUCAUGUCGGGAAGGGAAGGCAUUGCUUGUUGGCAGGAUUGUGAAAUUUAUGGUUGUAUAUUCUGUCAUUCAAGGAGGACUAUUUGCAUCCUUCCUUCCUCCCGCUUGAUUCAUCAGAACAGCUAGCAGGAUUGUACAGCAAAUAGCAUAAGGUCAAAAGCUAGAAUAUAUCAGGGGUAGAGAGAAACUAGGAUUGGCCUGGUUAUUGGUUCGUUCCGGAACUGGAAAAUGCCUCGGGAUGAAAUAACUUUGCACAUGAUUGCGAGAGAGAAAAAAUCACCGAAUGCCCAGGAAUGUUGUGGGCAUUGCCAUCUGAUGUUCCUUUUUGAGACGCCGCAGGCAAGAAGUGAGCACGUAAGGCAAUGAGGCGACUUGCGUAGCUAGCUUGCCUAAGGAACCACCUCAGAUAAUGCAUUAACCUUCCCUCUUUAAACCUGUGAGUAAAUCAG